GGAAGAAUAAUGGAAGAGUUUUUGUUACACGGAAGACUACACGCUACAAUCUAUGAAGUUGAUUCUCUCCAUGGUACUGAAGGAGGCAGAUCAGGUUUCUUAGGAAAGAUUCUAGCAAACGUGGAAGAAACAAUCGGUGUGGGGAAAGGAGAAACUCAGCUCUACGCUACAAUCGAUCUAGAGAAAGCGAGAGUUGGAAGAACAAGGAAGAUAACAAAAGAACCGAAAAACCCAAAGUGGUAUGAAUCAUUUCACAUCUACUGUGGUCACAUGGCUAAACAUGUUAUCUUCACUGUCAAAGACGAUAACCCCAUUGGAGCAACGUUGAUCGGAAGAGCUUACGUUCCUGUCGAAGAUAUCUUCCAUGGAGAAGAAGUUGAUAGAUGGGUUGAGAUUCUAGAUACUGAGAAGAAACCUAUUGAUGGAGGAUCAAAGAUCCAUGUGAAGCUUCAGUAUUUCGGCGUUGAGAAAGAUCGAAACUGGAACCGAGGUAUCAAAACACCUAAGUUUCCAGGAGUUCCUUACACGUUCUUCUCUCAGAGAAGAGGAUGCAGAGUUUCUCUGUAUCAAGAUGCUCACAUUCCUGGAAACUUUGUCCCCAAGAUCCCUCUCGCUGGAGGGAAAAACUACGAGGCGAGUCGAUGCUGGGAGGAUAUCUUUGACGCCAUUACUAACGCUAAGCACUUGAUUUACAUUACUGGUUGGUCUGUUUACACUGAGAUCUCUUUGGUGAGAGACUCGAGGAGGCCGAAGGAAGGAGGAGAUGUGACAAUCGGUGAGCUACUCAAGAGGAAAGCUAGUGAAGGUGUUAAGGUGAUCUUGCUUGUUUGGGACGACAGAACAUCUGUUGAUGUGCUGAAGAAAGACGGGCUUAUGGCUACUCAUGAUGAAGAAACUGAGAAUUUCUUCAGAGGAACCGACGUGAACUGUGUUCUGUGUCCUCGUAACCCUGAUGAUGGUGGAAGCAUAGUUCAGAACUUGCAGAUCUCAACCAUGUUCACUCAUCACCAGAAGAUUGUUGUUGUAGACAGCGAGAUGCCUGGAUCAUCAGCGACAAGAUCAAGAAGGAUCGUGAGUUUCGUUGGUGGUCUUGAUCUUUGCGAUGGGAGAUACGACACGCCGUUUCACUCCUUGUUCAGGACGUUGGACACUGCGCAUCACGACGACUUCCACCAGCCGAACUUCACCGGCGCAGCGAUAACCAAAGGCGGUCCUAGAGAGCCGUGGCACGACAUUCACUGUCGUCUUGAAGGACCUAUCGCUUGGGAUGUUCUGUAUAACUUUGAGCAGAGAUGGAACAGACAAGGCGGUAAAGAUAUCUUGGUUAAAAUGAGAGACCUCGACGAUAUUAUCAUCCCUCCUUCUCCUGUUCUGUUCUCAGAGGAUCACGACUCGUGGAACGUUCAGUUGUUUAGAUCAAUCGAUGGUGGUGCGGCUGCUGCGUUUCCUGAGUCCCCUGAAGCUGCUGCUGAAGCAGGUCUUGUGAGCGGGAAAGACAAUAUUAUCGAUAGGAGUAUUCAAGAUGCGUACAUUCACGCGAUUAGACGAGCGAAAGACUUCAUCUACAUCGAGAACCAGUACUUCCUUGGAAGCUCUUUCGCUUGGAGCGCUGAUGGAAUCAAACCAGAGGAAAUCAAUGCUCUGCAUUUGAUCCCAAAGGAGCUGUCUUUGAAGAUUGUUAGCAAGAUCAAAGCCGGAGAGAAGUUUAAGGUUUAUGUCGUUGUUCCGAUGUGGCCUGAAGGGAUCCCUGAGAGUGGAUCAGUGCAAGCUAUAUUAGAUUGGCAGAGAAGAACAAUGGAGAUGAUGUACAAAGAUGUGAUCAAGGCACUCAGGGAAAAGGGACUCGAGGAAGAGGAUCCGAGAGAUUAUCUGACAUUCUUCUGCCUCGGAAACAGAGAGAUCAAGAAAGAUGGAGAGUAUGAGCCUACGGAGAAACCUGAACCGGACUCAGACUAUAUCAGAGCACAAGAAGCUCGCCGCUUCAUGAUCUAUGUUCAUACUAAGAUGAUGAUAGUUGACGAUGAGUACAUUAUAAUCGGAUCAGCAAAUAUCAACCAGAGAUCAAUGGAUGGAGCAAGAGACUCGGAGAUAGCAAUGGGAGGGUAUCAACCAUAUCAUCUCUCGACAAGACAACCAGCACGAGGUCAAGUCCAUGGAUUCCGAAUGUCGUUGUGGUAUGAACACUUAGGAAUGCUCGAUGAGACUUUCCUCGAUCCAUCGAGCCAAGAAUGUAUCAAGAAAGUUAACCGUGUUGCUGAUAAGUAUUGGGAUCUUUACUCGAGCGAGUCGCUCGAACAUGAUCUUCCCGGUCAUCUACUUCGCUACCCGAUCGGUAUUGCUAGCCAAGGAGACAUCACUGAGAUUCCCGGAUGCGAGUUCUUUCCCGACACGAAAGCUCGUAUCCUCGGUACUAAAUCUGAUUACAUGCCUCCAAUUCUUACAACCUGA